AUGGCGACGGCAGCCAGGGGAUACGUCGCGAGCGCGGUCGCGCGCCCAGGCGGCGGCCCGCUCCUCCCCCCCGCGGGGCCUCCACGGCGGGGACAGGAAAUCACCUCACGCCAGACGCGGCCCCAAGACCGGCGCGCUGCGAUCGGGGCGGGAGGUUGCGGCGUCCGCGCCGGGACGGCUCGGGAGGGGCAUAGGGAAGGCGGAGGGAGCGCGGGGGCGCUGGGGUGGGGUGUUCCGGGACCCAGCGUUUUCGUGGUUCGAACGGCUGUUACUGAGGGGGUUCGGUUACGGCACCGCUUGAGCGAUAAUUAUGUGGAUAAGCCGUUGGAAAAACCUUUAAAGCUGGUGCUUAAAGUUGGAGGAAGUGAAGUGACUGAACUUUCUGGGUCAGGGCAUGAUUCUAGUUACUAUGAUGACAGAUCAGAUCAUGAGCGAGAACGUCAUAAAGAAAAGAAGAAAAAAAAGAAAAAGAAGUCUGAGAAGGAGAAAGAAAAGCAUCUAGAUGAUGAGGAAAGAAGAAGGAGAAAGGAAGAGAAAAAGAGGAAAAGGGAGAAAGAACAGUGUGACACUGAAGGAGAAACUGAUGACUUUGAUCCUGGGAAAAAAGUGGAGGUCGAGCCUCCUCCAGAUCGUCCUGUCAGAGCAUGCAGAACUCAGCCAGCUGAAAAUGAGAGCACGCCAAUCCAGCAAUUACUGGAACAUUUCCUUCGACAGCUUCAAAGGAAAGAUCCUCAUGGGUUUUUUGCUUUUCCAGUCACGGAUGCCAUUGCUCCUGGAUAUUCCAUGAUAAUAAAGCACCCCAUGGAUUUUGGUACGAUGAAGGAAAAAAUUGCUGCGAAUGAAUACAAGUCAGUGACUGAAUUCAAGGCAGAUUUUAAACUGAUGUGUGAUAAUGCAAUGACUUACAACAGACCAGAUACUGUGUACUACAAGCUAGCCAAGAAGAUACUGCACACAGGCUUUAAGAUGAUGAGCAAAGAACGGCUGUUAGCUUUGAAGCGCAGCAUGUCGUUUAUGCAGGACAUGGAUUUUUCUCAGCAGGCAGCUCUUUUGGGUGAUGAAGACACAGCAGUUGAGGAACCUGUCCCUGAAGUUGUUCCUGUACAAGCAGAGACUACCAAGAAAUCCAAAAAGCAAAAUAAAGAAGUUAUUAGUUGCAUAUUUGAACCUGAGGGCAAUGCGUGCAGCCUGACAGAUAGCACGGCUGAAGAACAUGUCCUGGCACUAGUGGAACAUGCAGCAGAUGAAGCUCGGGACAGGAUCAAUCGAUAUCUACCCAACAGCAAGAUUGGUUAUCUGAAAAAAAAUGGAGAUGGAACUUUAUUAUUUAGUGUAGUAAAUUCAUCUGAUCCAGAAGCAGAAGAGGAAGAGACACACCCAGUGGAUCUGAGUUCACUGUCAAGCAAAUUAUUACCUGGCUUCACUACGCUGGGCUUUAAAGAUGAACGAAGAAAUAAAGUAACCUUUCUUACAAGUGCUAGUACAGCACCGUCCAUGCAAAACAACUCUAUAUUCCAUGAUUUGAAAUCAGAUGAAAUGGAACUCCUGUACUCAGCAUAUGGUGAUGAAACUGGGAUACAGUGUGCCUUAAGCUUACAAGAGUUUGUGAAGGACGCUGGGAAUUACAGCAAGAAAAUAGUAGAUGAUCUUCUGGACCAGAUCACUAGUGGAGAUCAUUCUAAAACUAUUUAUCAGCUAAAGCAGAGGCGAAACAUCCCAGUAAAACCAGUCGAUGAAGUUAAAGUACUGCCAGUUCUCAUAAAAGAAGAACAGAAGUUGCGUAAUACCUGUCCAGAUUCUUCCAAACAAAUUAUGGUUGGAGAAUCUGCUGGAGACACUAACGCUUCUGACUUGGACUUUCUCUCUAUGAAACCAUAUUCAGAUGUAUCUCUUGAUAUUUCUAUGUUAAGUUCUUUAGGGAAAGUGAAGAAGGAGCUCGAUCAUGACGAUAACCAUUUACAUCUGGAUGAAACAACUAAGCUGUUGCAGGACCUUCAUGAAGCUCAGGCUGACAGAGUGGGAUCCCGGCCAUCAUCCAAUUUGAGUUCUCUCUCCAAUACAUCUGAAAGAGACCAACAUCAUCUUGGAAGCCCUUCUCAUCUGAGUGUUGGAGAACAGCAAGACAUGGUUCACGAUCCCUAUGAAUUCCUUCAGUCUCCAGAAACCUCAAAUGCCACUACUAACUAACCUGACGUGUACUAUAUAU